CUGAUCCUCUCUCCUUUAUUAAUGGAUCCAAAUUUAGGUAGCACUUCAGACAUCAACUUGUCUAAUGAUUGCCUGCUUAACAUCUAUGAGAAAAUUCAGGGUAGCAGGGAUCGGAAUUCUUUUGGCCUGACAUGUCGCCAUUGGCUUCAGGUUCAGAAUUUGGCCGUUAAAUCAUUAAUCUUCCACUUCUCUGACAACCCAAAAGUUUACAGACUCUAUGCUAGUUAUCUACCGAGGUUAUUGACACGUUUUCCAAAUCUUAGCUCUAUUUCAGUAGCUGGCUGCACCGAAUUGCCUGAUUCAGAACUGAUCCGAAUUAGGGACUGCGGAUCUAAGCUCCGGUCGCUUGCUCUAUACUGCUGUUUUGGUAUCACCGACAAUGGUCUCAGUUUAGUAUCUGCAGGGUGCCCUAAUUUGGUCUCGGUAACUCUGUAUCGCUGUAAUAUCACUGAUCCGGGAUUAGAAAGCCUCGCUACUUCGUGCCAUUCUUUAGAGAAUUUGAACCUUUCUUAUUGCACAUUGAUCACCGACCAUGGGAUUAGCAUACUUUCAAGAGAAUGCAAUAAGCUUCAUGCUGUGAUGAUCUCAUACUGCAGAAGCAUAACGGGUACUGGCUUUAGAGGAUGCUCGCCGACCUUGUCAUAUUUGGAAGCUGAUUCUUGUGUGCUAUCCCCUGAGGGACUCUCAGGGGUUGUCCGUGGAGGUGGUCUCGAAUACUUGAACCUCUCUAACCUAAGGUAUUGGAACGGUGUUGAUGGUUUGGGUGCUAUUGGGGAUGGAUUUGCUACGAGUCUUCGGUUUCUGAACCUCAGGAUGUGCCGAUUUGUUUCUGAUGAUUCUGUCGUGGCCAUUGCCAAGGGCUGCCCGUUGCUUGAGGAGUGGAGUCUCGCUGUGUGUCAUGAGGUUCGAACAACUGGCUGGGCAGCAAUCGGAUCGGAUUGUAAAAGUUUGAAGGUUUUGCAUGUGAACCGAUGCAGGAAUUUUUGUGACAGAGGGUUGCAGUCUCUGAGGGACGGUUGUUCCCAGCUUCGGUUGCUUUAUAUGCACGGUUGUCGUCGUGUCAGUUGCUUGGGGUUCGAGAUAUUCAGUAUGCUGAGGCAAGAUGUGGAGGUAAGGAACGAUGAGCGCAUGUCUGUUGGCCCUUGCAUAGAUGAUUUGUUUGCAUAGAGAAUUCUAUACCAAUUGAUUCUUGGCUCUCAUAGUGUAUGAUGAAGCGAUUCUAUUGAAUUUCUUCUCUAAAUUCUUGGUUAGGGUACAUCAUUGUGACUGAAGAACUAUUCGGCAUUUUAAUUUCAUAAUAAUCCUCCAUUAGUGUCA